ACAACAAAACCGCUUCAGACACCGUCUUUGCCCGUGUUUGGUGAUACUAGGUUCUCUGUCACUAUGCUGGGCCAACUUGUGGGAUCCGCCAUGCUUUUGGCCGCUACUGCGAUCUUCCUCUACUACACGGCGUGGACACUUCUUAUGCCAUUCGUCGACCCUGGCCACCCCCUCCAUGCCUUCUUCCUUCCUCGCGUAUGGGCAAUCCGCAUCCCCGUGUUUUUGACGCUCCUGGGUUCGGCCGUGGUUGGUACGUUCAUUGGAAUCGUGAUGAUCAAUAGCAACAAGAAGAAGGCGGCCAAGGCCAAGGCUGCUGCCGCGAAGAAGAAGACUUGAAGAGAUGGAUAUCCUGAAUGGUGGAAGGGUGUGUAUAGGAUGAUAUUUCAAGGCCCCAGGGGGUGCUGGGUUUAUACUUGAUAGCCUGUAACAAUAGUUCUUUAUUACCUUAUAAUCGCGCUUUGCCGGAGCAAUGAUCUGUGAUACUUGAGCGGAUGGAAGCUGUUCUUGAUAUCUUUACCUUAAUUUAUCUUCCGUUUGGGGUAUAGUUACUCCAAGGGGGAAAGGAGAGCUUAUGAUACACAACGUUA